GGUUGAGUUAGAUAGAGUCCACUAACACGAAGCAGUAAUUUAUUUAAUUAUUUAAAUUCCUUUGGGUUGUAGUAGUAGUAGUAGUUAAAGAGAAAUGGAGGAAGCGAAUCCGAACUUGUUGAUUUCGAAGUUGAGCGAGGAAGUGAGCGGUCACGUGCAGGUGGUAUGGGAAAUGGUGAAGGUGCCGUUGGUGGUGCCUCUGUUGAAGCUUUGGGUGUACGUGUGCAUGGGAAUGGCCAUCAUGCUCUUCGUGGAGAGGGUGUACAUGGGCGUCGUAAUCGUGCUCGUCAAACUCUUCUGGAAGAAACCCGAACACCGUUACAACUACAACCCCCUCCAAGACGACGUCGAAUCGGGCUCCUCCAAUUACCCCAUCGUUCUCAUCCAAAUCCCAAUGUUCAACGAAAAAGAGGUUUACAAGGUGUCCAUUGGAGCAGCUUGUGGGCUUUCGUGGCCCACUGACCGUCUCGUUAUCCAAGUCCUCGACGAUUCUACUGAUCCUGUCGUUAAGGAAAUGGUGGAGCGAGAGUGUGAGAGAUGGGCGAGUAAAGGCAUAAACAUAACGUACCAGGUAAGGGAGAACAGAACGGGGUACAAAGCGGGUGCGUUGAAAGAAGGAUUGAAACGAAGCUAUGUGAAGCAAUGCGAGUACGUGGCCAUUUUCGAUGCCGAUUUCAGGCCCGACCCAAACUUCCUCAGGCGAGGCAUUCCCUUCUUGGAGGGUAACCCUCAGAUUGCUCUCGUUCAAGGUCGUUGGAGAUUUGUUAAUGCAGAUGAGUGCUUGUUGACAAGAAUGCAAGAGAUGUCACUGGAUUAUCAUUUCACAGUAGAGCAAGAAGUUGGGUCAGCCACUCAUGCUUUCUUUGGUUUCAAUGGGACAGCGGGUAUAUGGAGAAUUGCUGCUAUUGACGAAGCUGGUGGGUGGAAAGAUAGAACAACGGUGGAGGACAUGGAUCUCGCUGUUCGUGCCAGUCUUAGGGGCUGGAAAUUUGUUUACCUUGGAGACCUCCAGGCAAAAAGUGAGCUUCCCAGUACUCUUAGAGCCUUCCGCUUCCAGCAGCAUCGAUGGUCUUGUGGUCCUGCUAAUCUAUUCCGCAAAAUGGUGAUGGAGAUAGCAAGGAACAAGAACGUAAACUUUUGGAAGAAAGUUUAUGUUAUAUACAGCUUCUUCUUAGUUCGAAAAAUCGUAGCCCACAUGGUCACCUUCAUCUUCUACUGUGUCGUUCUUCCCUUAACAAUUUUGGUCCCUGAGGUGCAUGUUCCAAUAUGGGCUGCUGUUUAUAUUCCUUCCAUCAUCACCACCCUCAAUUCAGUUGGAACUCCAAGGUCCAUUCACCUGUUGUUCUACUGGAUCCUCUUUGAGAAUGUGAUGUCAUUGCACCGUACAAAGGCAACCUUGAUCGGUCUGCUAGAAGCCGGGAGCGCCAAUGAGUGGAUCGUUACUGAAAAACUUGGCGACUCUGUCAAUAAUAGUAAGACCAAGAACAAGACCAAUUUCAUCAAAGCAAUCAGAAAAACUCGAUCCAAAUUUGGUGAAAGACUUAAUCUAUUGGAGCUUGGAUUUGCUGCCUUCCUCUUCCUCUGUGGAUGCUAUGACUUCAUGUACGGCAAGAACAACUACUUUGUGUACCUCUUCCUUCAGACCAUAACCUUCUUAGUCGUAGGAUUUGGCUAUAUUGGCACCAUUGUCUAGUACUUGUUGUGACAAAAUCUUCAGCGAUUUAAGUUUCAGACUGUUGAGUACAUAACUAGUUUCUCUUCUCAAUAAAAUUUAUUAAGAUUUCUUCAAGCAAUAUAGUGUUGUUCCAAAUCUAGAACAACUUAGAGCAGAUUAUUUUCAU